AUGGGUCGUAAACAUGAGCAAAUUUUCACGUUCGAGCAGAUUCCAUCGUAUUGCUUGAAGUGUAGCAAAAUCAGACACAAGGAAACUGAUUGUAGAGUUAGAAAACCCUCGGUGCUGAAGAAUGAGGCCGAGAAGAGUGUGGUUCCUGCCUUGAAAAAGAAAGGAAUCGAAAUCAAAUCGGCAACACAAAAGUGGCUGCUUAAAGGUGGAGAAACUAAGAAUGAUCUGGAAGCUCAAAUUCUCAGUUUGAAUCCAUUGGUGGUAAGAGGAGUUGAGAAGGAAUCAGAAGCGGCACAAACCGUUGAAGCACACCCUGCGGAAGAAACCCUAGAUCCGCGACUUGAUGAUGCGCGCCUUGCGUGUGGAACCCUAGCUGCGCAAUCUUUAGUCGUACACCCUGCGAAUCAACCUCUUGAGUCGCACCAGUUGGAAUCAACUUCUGGAUUAUCAACGAUGGAAAAGGAAACAAUCCCGUUAGAUUUACAGCCAUCUCCGGACGAUGGUGAUAUUGAUGAUGAGGUCGAAAAUGUUUUCACUGAAGUUGAUAAUCAUGACCAGCGGAAACAAGAUAAUGAGGUCGGUGCUUAUGUGAUUGUUGGUGAAAUGGUAUCGGAUAAAACCAGUUCUUUGAUUGAGUUGAAAAUGCAGAAUAUGGCUCUCGUUCUGAAAAUUGGUUUAGUUCGUUUCCCAGAUGAUUAG